AUGGAGGCUGUCAACGGCCUCAAGGCCGCCCUCGAGCGCAUCGUCCUCGACCCUCGCUACCAUGACAUUCUCGCCGUCCUCAAGGGCGCCCGCAACGGUGCCGUCUACGGCACCAAAGUCCGCUUCCCCCACGCCCUCGUCAUGAUCUUCCUCUUCCGCUCCGGCACCCUCCGCGAGAAGGCCGGCCUCGUGUUCCGCGCCACGCGCACCCACGCCCGCAACCUCGCCAAGUUCGCCACCAUCUACAAGCUCACCAUGCUCCUCCUCAAGCACUACGGCCCGACGCCGGGCAAGGAGGGCCCCCACGACGCGCUCCUCGCCGGCGCCCUCGGCGGCUACCUCGUCUUCGGCGGCCGCGGCGCCCGCUCCGGCCGCAUCCCCAGCGUCAACCAGCAGAUCGUCGUCUACGUCUUCGCCCGCGUCGUCCUCGCCCUCGCGCGCCUCGCCGUCAAGCCCGGCGCCGGCCUGCCGCGCGUCAGCGAGCCCGCCGCCAGCGCCCGCAUCAGCCACUACGCCUGGCCCGUCUUCGCGAGCGGCAGCUGGGCCAUGGUCAUGUAUAUCUUCCGCUGGCACCCCGAGGACCUGCAGUCGAGCCUGCGCAGCAGCAUGACGUACAUCUACAAGCAGAGCGACGACUGGGAUUCGUUGCGGAACUUUGCCUGGCACAACCAGUGA